AUGGCUCACACUUCUGGCUCCAAGUCGAACAUUCUCCAUCGUUCAUUCGUUCACCAGCCCGAAAGAGUCGUUUCUGCCUCAGGUGUAUCUCUCUUUCCCGAGUCUGGCCGUGAAAUACUUGAUGCUUCAGCCGGACCAGCUGUAUCAUGUCUCAGCUUUGGGCGUCCAGAAAUUGCUGAAGUGGUCGCGAACCAGAAGAACCAGCUUCCUUAUCUCUACUCUGGCGCACGUUUCACUUGCGAUGUGACUGAGGAGCUUGCGUCGAUGCUUCUGCAAGGGCAGCCCGGUGGCCUGUCCAAGGCCAUAUUCGUCAACUCUGGGAGCGAAGCCACUGAUGCUGCUGCUAUCAAGCUCGCAACACAAUACUGGCACGAGCGAAGAAUGCCUCAGAAGCACCAUGUCAUCGCAAGGAAACAGAGCUAUCAUGGAAGCACGAUUGGAGCACUCUGUGUUUCUGGCCACAAAUUUCGAAGGGCCAUGUACCGCCACUGGCUCUCUCACAAUGUCAGCUUCGUUGACCCCUGCUUCGCUUAUAGGCUGAAGGGAAACGAAUCCGACCAAGAUUAUGUCCAGCGACUGGCAGAUCAACUUGAGGCAGAGAUUCUUCGUAUUGGAUCGGAGAACGUUUCUGCAUUUGUGGCUGAGACUGUCAGUGGAACUACUCUGGGUUGCCUCCCGGCGGUGCCUGGAUACUUCAAAGCUGUUCGAGAGAUUUGCGAUGAACAUGAUGUCCUCUUGAUCUUAGACGAAGAACAGGAGGUCAUUUCAGGGCCUGAUAUUCAGAUGAUAGGCAAAGCUCUUGGUGGAGGUUUUGUUCCCCUGUCUGGCGUGUUGCUUCGCAAUAAGAUAUUUGACGCCCUCGCAGACGGAUCUCGGGGAUUAGCCCAUGGGCACACUUUCCAGGCUCAUCCGGUGGCUUGCGCUGCAGCCCUCGAGGUUCAACGCAUCGUUCGUGAUGAAGAUAUUCUCGCUAACGUCCCAGAAAUGGGUAAGGUCUUGGAGAUGCUCCUGAGAACAAAUCUUGGACAUAUGGAAUAUGUCGGCGAUAUCCGUGGGCGUGGUCUUUUUUGGGCUGUUGAGUUCGUUCAAGACCGUCGCACCAAAACACCCUUCUCGGCAAAUAUGAGACUGUGCCACCAGAUCGUGGGCAAGGCGCUUGAAUUGGGCUUGAAUAUUUUGGGAAACCUGGGUGAAACUGGGGAUGUUCAUGUUGAUCAUGUCAUAAUGUCUCCCCCAUAUGUGGUAACUGAGUCUGAAUUGGGGCGGAUGGUUGGCAUUCUACGGGAAUCUAUUCGAACUGUCAUGUCUGAGAUUAUUGAUAUUCAGGAGGCGCGACUCUAA